AUGACGUCGACUAGCCCACUUGUGCCACCACAUGACGGGAUAACGAACGCGGUGGUACUGCAAGCACAUCCGCUUGGCCUGCAAUACCUGUUCUUCCUCUGUCUGGUCACGCUGUCCACACUGGCUUUCCAUCUACCGAUACGUGUACUGUGCGCCUUUGACGCGGAGCGUCUACCUGGUGCAGCGCGCAGACUCUGGCAAAAGUGUAUACCGUAUUUCUCCUCUCCGACGCCUUUGUCAACCGCUCUACUUGUCAGUAGCUGCACCAAGUUGUUUCCUAUACUGCUAAUCAUCUGGGAUUACGAUUUGCCUAGUUCGGCGACGGCAGUCAGUUGGGCGGUUAUAGUGAACAACAUCGCUGCACUGGAGAUACUUAUGGAUUGUGGGUACAUCAGAGCGGGUAUGUUGGUUGGUAUUGGGGCUGGGCUGAGAACGCUGGUGGGAUGGGGUAUACUGAGAGCUGCGGGCUUGGGGACUGGAUGGGAAGGAUACUUGAGUGAUUGGACGAUUGCUGGCAAUGUGUGGGAUUGGGUCGGAAACGCGAUUCGGUAA